UUGGUGGAUUCCAUCUCUUCCUCCACCCUCUUCGAUCUCUCUUACUCUUUGAGAGCUCUCGAAUUUCGAUCUCUUUGUUCGUGGCCUCCUCGUGUCUGCCGAUUCCAGGUGGGGAGGUUUCGGGAUUUGGGAUCCAAUGGGGAUGUGCUACGCUUACCAAUUCAAAUACAUCAUCAUCGGCGAUGCAGGAGUGGGGAAAACAUCUCUUCUUUUGCGGCAUACGAGCAAUUGGUUCCGGCAUUCACAGGACUCGAUAGUUGGUCUUGAAUUUGUACCCAGAAUGAUAACCAUCGACAGCAAGCCGAUAAAGUUGCAGAUUUGGGACACGGUUGGCCAGGAAGCUUUUGGAUCAAUCACCAGGUCCUAUUACAGAGGUGCUGCUGGUGCACUGCUUGUCUAUGACAUCACUAGGAGGGAGACAUUCAAUCAUCUUGCAAGCUGGUUGGAAGAUGCAAGAGAACAUGCUGGUGCUAAUGUGACAAUCAUGCUGAUAGGUAACAAAUGCGACCUGGCUUGCAGAAGAACUGUCGAAACUGAGGAAGGAGAACAGUUUGCCAAAGAGCAUGGACUGAUCUUUAUGGAGACCUCGGCAAAAACUGCACAGAACGUUGAGGAGGCAUUUAUUAACACAGCAGAAGCGAUAUACAAAAAAAUCCAGGAUGGAAUGCUUGAUGUAUCAAACGAGUCUUCUGGAAUCAAAGUUGGAUCUGAACUAGUCACGUCCCCAAAGGGGGGAAGGAAGGAGUCCUCAUCUAAAGCUGGUGGUUGCUACUGCUGAGAGAGCUCCUGAAAGAGUAAACAAGUCCUGCUGCUGACAUUGUUUCCUUAUCAGCUAUCGACUUACCUCAU